AUGCCCGCGAGAAUCAAGGACGAGAGUGGUCGAAACGAGUUUGGGGGUUUCACAGGAGGACACGGGUUCAUCAAGCAAGAAGCGAUGCCUGCGAAGAUCAAACAAGAGAAAGGUGUCAGAGGGGGUGGAGGUACCACGGACGGGCUCAAGUCUGUCAAGCAAGAAACCGUACAGGCGAAGGGACAAAAGAGGCCUCAUCCGGGAGAAGAGGGCACCUGGGGCCACAAGAAGAAGAAAAAUAACAACCUCUCCGCAGAAAGAAAAGCCGCACGACGAGCGCAGGCUUCUGUCGGCAAUGGCCAGCCCCAACAACGCAACGUACCAUUCUGGAAGCUCGGCAAGGAAACGCAUGCCCAACGACUACGGAGUCUGGCCCAGUGGCGGAGGGCGGGUGGGCAAGUGGUCGAAGACGAGGCUAGAAUCGCCAACGUUCGACGCAAGGAGCAGGCCGGGAUGAAGGUGUCAGCCAAGGAGAGGAGCAAGGCCGAAACAUCAAUGAGGAGGAUGAUACGGGCGGGGAUCUACACCGGCUGGGACGACACAACGCCUAACGUGAAAAAGCUACGGGAGGCGCGGGAGGGCCUCCCCGAGGACACUCCAGGCGCUCUAAAAUCGAAGGCGCAACUAAAUCGAGCGCUGUUGUGGGCGAAGAAUACGGAGCCUCGUGCUCCUGUCUAACGCGGAACGAAUAGGGCAAAGGGGGUGAAGGGGGUUGGGGCGCAAGAGGAGGGUGUAUGUGCGGACGAAAUGGCGGACCGGUGCAAGUUGAUUGUGGGAGUCGAAACCACACGCAUGCUUGCUUCCGUUGAGAGACGUACGUACCUCGGCGGGGCUCUCUGAGGAGCUGAAAUGAAUGGAGUCUUCACACGUCGUACACUUUUCGGAAUUCAAAGCAUGUAUGUCACUCCUUCGCAUGUAUCUGCUCGCCCACUGCUGUGAGGAAAAAGAUGCAGCUGCUUCAUGUUGGCGGCGUUCCAUGAGAAGGGAUGUAGAGCGGCGGACUAUUCGCAAGGGUCUGUGAACAAUCGAAUUGGGU